AUGUCAAUCGCACUAAUUCUAGGAGCUGGAGGUCGUGUCGGAAAGGCAGUUGCGUCUAAGCUUGCCUCUAAUGGUUUUCAUGUUGCGCUGGGAUCUCGCAGCGAGAGCGUUAGCAUCGAAUCAAAAUCAAUGACUUCAAUCAAAGUCGACGUUUCAAAACCGGCUCAAGUCUCUGCCGCGUUUCAGGAGGUAGAGAGGACCUUUGGCGCACCUGCAAACGUCGUAAUAUAUAAUGGGGAAGUGGCUGCCUUCUCAUCGCUACCGAACAAGGGCGAGCCAUUUUCGUUGCCGUACGAGCAGUUCACUAGCGACUUUACUGCUGGCGCACUCGGGGCGUACUCUACACUACAGCAUACGGUCGAGGCGUUCAAGCGAGUGGAAGACGACAAGCCAAAGGUCUUUAUUGCCACUUCCAACUUUCUCGGAACGUCGCAAAAACCAUCAAUAGCAUACUUUGGAGUCGGUAGUCAGAAGCGUGCUCUGGCUUACUACGUUCAGGGAGCAAACGAAGCGUACGGUGCUUCGCGUGGUUUCAGAUUCUAUUUGGCUGCUCAGGUGGACGCCCUGGGUCGGGCGCCCUCGGAGAGCGAGUUCAGCGGAGAAGCUCACGCUAUCGCGUAUUGGACCCUGAUUCAAAAACCACGUGAAGCUGGAGGUGCCUGGGAUGUCAGAUUUAACAAGGAAGGGAGCAUUCUCGUGAAGAACUAG